UGACUUUCCUAUUCAGCAACUGCAACAGUUGACUCGUGUCAUUACAGCUUACACACAUACACAAAGUGGUGGUUGAUAAAUGCAGACUGAACCACUGUACUUAAAUGUUUCAGACCCUCAGAUAUUAGAAAUGUCUGAGCUAUUUUCUGACUAUGUGAACUACACUCAGAUAAGAGGAGAGCGCAUAGAGAAGGUGGUUGAAAUCUAUGACAGUGCAGAUGCUGCUAGUGGUGAGGAUGUUUUGGACGAGACAGAAGCCACCAACGUACAGAAAAGCGUACCAACUGUACACACAGGAUACACUGCAUGGAGCAGAAGCUACAGACUGACUGCAGUGUGUGUGCUGUUGCUGUGUGUUCUCCUACUGAUUGCAAUUACAGUGCUGUGGGUCAAAUACAGCAACCUGAAUACAGAAGACAGACAGCUACAGACCAAGUACAACACUCUGACUCUAGAGAGAGACCAGUACCAGCAAGAGAUCUCUGAAAUGAAUGGUCUGAUUGGAAAACUCGGAUGGACAUUUUUCAGCUCGAGUGUAUAUUGUAAGUGUACUAAAAAGAAGACCUGGAAUGAGAGCAGACAGGAGUGCCAAAGAAAAGGAGCAGACCUUGUGAUUAUAAACAGUACAGCAGAACAGGAGUUCAUAGGUAAAUAUUUUGGAGGUACUGAAUUUUGGAUUGGUCUGACUGACUCAGACAGAGAGGGGGAAUUUAAAUGGGUAGACGGUACACCACUGACCACUGAGUUCUGGUGGAUUAGAGAACCCAAUGAUUAUGGACAAAGAGAGGACUGUGUUGUAACAGGCUUCAGAAAUGCUAUGAAUAACAUGUCCACCUGGGCUGAUGUUCCCUGCAACUACCAUGCAUUUGGGAUUUGUGAGAUGAAAUUACUGGAUGGAAGACAUGAGGGCCAAAAAAACUGAUAUGGAACAAUUUGGAAUUGAAAACUUGGUGACGCUUGGAGUCUGUGCUUUUUGUCCAUUUAAUCUCACAAACACAAUUUUCUUGUAGUUUGAAUGGUGAAUGUUGCUGUUUUAUUGUGUUUCAGGUAUUUUUUACCAGUAGCAAAAAGUGUACAGAUUACAUGACCAUAUCAAGCAAAUUUCAAGUCUGCUUUUGACACAAAUUAAAGUGUUUAUUGUGUUUUUGUAUUUACAAUGGAUUAUUUGGUAUAAAGGACUUGGAAAUGAGUAAACAUUUACUAUUCGACAGAUGCCCUUAUCCAGAGCAGCUUACAAACACACAGCUAAGCAACUGAAGGUUAAAGCCUUUGUUUAAAGGCUUACCAGUGGCAUCUUAGUAAUGUGGGGAUUUGAACCCACAACCAGCCAAUCAGAAGUCCAGGAUCUUAUCCACUGAGCUACCACUUAAGUAGAAGUACA